GGCUAUGAUAAGACUUCACAGCGUUUAGAAAAGUCGCAUGAGGGGCUACGGCGGGUUUCGCAACAUAUAAACUCCUCUCAUCGUCACUCGAUCCCUUGAAUGCUCUUCAACCUGAUUAACCUUAAAAGAAUCCAGCCAAGCCAGCCACACUCAGUAUGUCUCCCGCACAUAGUUCUGAUAUGCCCAGCUACAGCAUUGCUUCUAUCCCGGCCGAUGGAAUUGGGCCGGAAGUCAUCGAUGCAGGGAUUACAGUGCUGAAGGCCUUGGCUGAUACGCUCGAAACGUUCCGACUAGACUUUACUCAUUACGACUGGAGCUCCGACACGUACAAAAAGACUGGUGAAUAUAUCCCUGAUGGCGGUUUGGAUCGAUUGAAGAAGCAUGAUGCUAUUCUGUUUGGCGCCGUGGGUUCACCUGAUGUUCCGGAUCACAUCUCUCUUUGGGGUCUCCGAUUAGCCAUCUGCCAGCCUCUCCAACAAUAUGCAAACGUGAGACCUACAAAAGUCUUCCGAGGUACUCAGUCCCCUCUCCGGAACUGCGCCGUUGGCGAUCUCGAUUGGGUCAUCAUUCGUGAAAACAGCGAAGGUGAAUACGCCGGCCAGGGAGGACGUUCGCAUCAGGGUCGUCCCUGGGAGGUUAGCACCGAGGUAGCCAUCUUUAGUCGCCAUGCCAUCGAGCGGAUUAUGCGGUUUGCCUUUGAAACUGCUCAGCAGAGACCACGCAAAUUGCUCACGGUUGUCACCAAAAGCAAUGCUCAGCGUAAUGGCCUGGUGCUCUGGGAUGAGGUUGCCAAAGCAGUGGCACAGGACUUCCCUGAUGUGACCGUUGACAAAAUGCUUGUGGAUGCAAUGACUACGCGUAUGGUUCUUAAACCAGAGAGCCUCGAUACAAUUGUGGCAACAAACUUGCACGGCGAUAUUCUCUCUGACCUUGCAGCCGCUUUAGCAGGUUCCAUUGGAAUUGCCCCAACAUCGAAUUUAGAUCCUACACGCCAAAAUCCCAGUAUGUUUGAACCCAUCCACGGCUCCGCUUUUGAUAUUACUGGCUUGGGGAUUGCCAAUCCCGUGGGAACCUUUUGGACAGUAGUAGAAAUGCUCAAUUGGUUGGGUGAGAAGGAUGCAGCGAGUAAGUUACUCGAAUGUGUGGAGAAUGUGUGCGAGCAGGGUGUUUUGACGAGAGAUUUGGGUGGUAACGCUACUACCAAGGAGGUCACGGAAGCAGUCGUCGCGGAGAUUCGAAAGCUGGGGGUGAAAUGAGAGUUUUCAUAGUAUAAAGUAAGACUCAUAUGGAUAUCGGUUAGUGAAUGAUGGGAACUUAUGACAUAUUCUCUCGACCAUAGAGUAAAUGAACUUUUCAUAAAACAUUCAUAAAACAUCAAAGUCGCCGUGAAUGAGCCAUGGUCCGUCGGCUACAGUCCACCCCUCAUUCAUCGAAAAUCCAUUCAAAGUUGGGAAAGUCGGCGCAUAUUGGGGGACCAUGCCGUAGGAAAGGCCGUUUCCAGAAGAAUCUCCAAACACCACACUUGCUGGAUUAUAGAUGUCGCUUUCUUUGGCCAGUAUACCAGUGCUAUCGUACGUGGGAUUCGCAAGGUACUCCUGAAGAUGGCGAUGCUCGUCAAUAGAAAUCCUUGAUUGAUGAUCUAAGGUUAUCGGGGGUGAUUGUACUUGGUAGGGAGUGAAUUGCUGGUUGUUUGCGACUGAGAAGCGUUCUUGAUUAUGAUCUGAUAGUCGAGGGUUCCGUAGCCUUGAGUGUUGGUCAAUAGAUGAUGUCGAUGUUCGGAAUGAGUGUGUGUCAUUGUGUUGAGAUGAUAUUGUAGGGUUAAGCUGCUGACCCUCUUGCCUGACCGACGGUGUGCCGUUUUGUGAGCUGUUCUCCAUAGCUGAGCAUAAAUCUUCUAUAGCAUGGAUACAUGUCUCUGGCCAGUCACUUUCUCUUAUAGCAAUGUUGCGAAGCACAGAAAUUCCAACGCGAGCAUAUCGCAAAGCGCCUUUGUUGGUGAAGUGACCGGUCCAGGCCGCAUAUAUGAGAAUCAUACAUGACAUCCAGACAGCUGACGUAAAUGAAGGUGAUGUUAGAGGAGCGCGUUGCUGAGCUGAACUUAUUCCUAUAUGAAAGCGACGAUUCAUGUUCGAACCAGUGUUAAUAUAAUCGUACAGAGCAACCAACAAAGACCUGGCGGAGUUGAUACAAAGUUGAAAAGCGGUCUUAUAAUCUGCAGCAGUGGGAUUAUGGGCGGCAAGGAGUGGUCGAUACAAGGAAAUGGUAGCCUCAUGCCUCGACACAAUGAGCAACAACGCUUGAUAUGGUUGAAGAGGGGAUUCAGAAUCAGAUUCAAGUGUAUAGACAUCAUCGUACACCUCAUUCCACCAUUUCAAAAGUGCACUGUCCACUUCAGCAGCAUCUGCCAGAUUUUCUUGGCUAUGCAUGAUCGAUUUGUUCCGCAACUCAGAAAUCAAGCCUCUCAAUCGUGCAAAUUUAGCCAAAUGAGUUAGGAGUCUAAGGCGACUAUCUUCUGCGUUGACACCCAUAUCCUCUGGGCCCGCUGAAUGUCUUUCGGCUUGUGGGU